GGAGCAUACAAGAAACAUCUUGUAAGAAAACUAUACUAGAGAUGAAAUUAGCGUGUAGUUUAAAUACUGGAUUAUCUGUAGCGUUGUGUUGCAUAUGAUGAAAUAUUAUGCUGGAUGGUUAAUAGAUACAUACAAAGUUUGGAAAUUUUAUGUUGAUUAAGUUUUAUGUGUGUAAUUUAGUGGAGUUACUCUUUGUGAUAUAUUUGAAAGUGAAAAUUGUGGUUUUAACUUUUAUUGCAAGUGAUUAGAAUAAUGAAAAUAAUAAUUUCCUCAUUGGGAAUAUAGGCAAAUAUUUAUAGGAAAAAAGAAACUGUAUAAUAAGAAGGACUUAAGUCUGUGAUUUACUUCGAGCCGUUAUGAAAAGACUAUGUGUUUAGCUCAAGUGCUGACCCUAGCUGUCUUGGCUACCGUUAUUGGUGCUCAAGAUGGCGCUGGCUCACCACCAAAGUUUAAGAUAGUACCCAUACAAGAUGUCGUGGCAUUAGUUGAUGGGUCACAUAAAUUUCUAUGUAAGGUUCGGGGAAAUCCUAAGCCUUACCUUGUAUGGUACCAUAAAAAUGAAAUGCUGUCUCCCAAUGAAAAUGUAAAGAUUGGUAAAUAUUCUCUGCAAGUCAGUAACUUAAAGAAGUCUGAUGGGGGACAGUAUAGCUGUAAAGCUUCAAAUGUUCAUGGUGUCAUCUGGGGUAACUUUACCCUACAGGUUGUCAACAAUGAAGAUGAAGUGAAAGCACCAGAAUGGUAUGAAUACACCGACGAAAACGACAGAGAAUUUGAUGACCUUAGAGGACCUCCAGAAUUUAAGAAACGGUUAAAUCAGGUGCGAUUUCUUGCGAGAGCUGCCACCAGCUCCGUAGAGUUUGACUGUGAUGUCCUAGCAUACCCUACUGCCAAAAUAAAUUGGUGGAAAAAUGGAAUUCCAGUCAAAGAGAAACUAGGAAAGUUUAUAUUUGAUGGCUAUAAGCUGACAGUCAAGUCCCUAACUCUGGAUGACAAAGGCAACUAUACCUGUGUGGUGCAAAAUGAGUAUGGCUCCGUUAAUUGGACUACAAAACUGGCAGUUCAGCAGCGAGUGGCGAUUGCCCCAAUCAUGGAAGAUGUAAAAAAUCAGACGGCGCUUAUCGGCACCAAUGUGACAUUCACCUGCCAAAUAGUCAUGAGUGAUUCUCAACCCCUGUUGCAGUGGCUUCGCCAUUUUAAGAAAAAUGAUUCCUUUGUAAAUGAGAAAGGGGAACCGUAUGUGAAAAUUUUACAGGGUGAAACUCAGAAGUCUUCUGGUUUUAAAAGUACGAUUGACGACCCUCAGCGCCUAGUUCUGCGUAAUGUUACGAAGGAGGAUCAGGGCUGGUACACAUGUCUGGUUGCAAACACUGUUGGCAUGAAUUAUAGAAGUGCCUGGCUAACCGUUCUCAAUGAAACAGAAUAUGAGGAGUUGAAAGAGAAAGACAAUAGCACGCUGCUUUUAGCAUCACAGAUGGACAGUAACCAUAACAAUCAGAUUCCGACACAGACGGUAGUGUUCAUUGGUGCGAGUUGUGCGGCCGUUCUUGUCCUCGUUAGUGUUAUUGUUGUUGUAGUGUGUAAGUGCAGACGGAAAUCUAAAUAUAGAUAUGGCGAUGUUAAAAGGGUCAUUGUAAUGAGAUCUAAUGACUUAUACUAUCCUGAUCAUCCUAACGCUGAACCGAUCGGUUUUCCGGAAGUGAGAAUCGAAGGAACUGGUAGACGACGUAGAUUCUCCUCUGAUCUUACGACUGCAUCAGAAUAUGAACUGCCUCUUGACAGUAAAUGGGAAUUCCCCCGCGAUCGCCUAACAUUGGGUAAGGAGUUAGGGUCAGGAGCGUUCGGUGUUGUACGAUCCGGAGAAGCUGUCGGAAUCAAUAAUAGACAAGGGUCAACAACUGUUGCAGUCAAAAUGUUAAAACAGGAUGCUACGGACCGAGAAAUGACGGAUCUUAUGGUUGAAAUGGAGAUGAUGAAGUUAGUGCGUGGUCAUAAGAAUAUAAUCAAUCUGCUUGGAUGCUGUACUCAAUCUGGUCCUUUGUAUGUGAUAACCGAGUUUGCUCCAAACGGUAACCUACGUGACUUCUUACGUAACAGACGCCCGUGUACGGACUAUGAAAAACCUUCAAGUUUACAUAUUACAAUGGAUUACGAAAAACCACUUAUUCAAGAUAAACCAUUAACUGAAAAAGAUUUGAUAUCAUUUGCAUAUCAGGUUGCACGAGGGAUGGAGUACCUGGCAUCAAGACUGUGCAUACAUCGGGAUUUGGCGGCCAGGAAUAUUCUAGUAGCCGAGGAUUUUGUUCUAAAAAUAGCUGACUUUGGUCUUACAAGAAACCUCUCGGAGGUCGAUUACUAUAAAAAGAGCGGAGAUGGUCGGUUACCUGUUAAGUGGAUGGCUCCAGAGGCAUUAUUUGAUCGAAGGUAUACAACUAAAAGUGAUGUUUGGGCCUAUGGUGUUUUGUUAUGGGAAAUCUUCACUCUUGGAGGGAAUCCCUACCCGUCUGUUCCAGUUGAAGACCUUUUCGAUUUGUUACGGAACGGGCAUCGGAUGGAGAAACCACCGUAUGCAUCAACUGAGAUGUACCAAAUCAUGUUGAAUUGUUGGAAUCAGUCCCCGGCCAUGCGACCGUUAUUUACAAACUUGGUUCAAGACAUUGAUCGGAUUUUGACGUCAAAGGCAGGAAAUGGCGAGGAAUACCUUGACCUUCAAGAACCGUUUGAAACUGUUUUAAUGAGCUCGUCGGACAGUCAGUAUUCUUCUAUGUCUCAUAGUACCGCUAACAGUGAAAGUGACAUUAGCAGUACGAUAGUGUAGUACAAAUAUAUACAUGCUUCUUGUAGCAGUAUCAAAGUGGUUGUUAAAAUUGAGACUAACAAACAGUCGUCAAAAUCUCCCGUUAGUUGGUAAUCAGUUAAUUUACUACUAUAUUGAGUACUAGAAGUAUGUUGUGUAACUUAAAAAGAAGCGCGCACAGUUGCGAUUUGAGCAUUUAACUCUAGCAGCGCCCUCUAGAGGCUGCAUUUGUGAUAAAAAAAGUUGUAGUAACAAUGCUAUGAACUAUACUAUAGUGCUUUGUGCAGCAACUGUUAACAACCAGUGUUGUGCUUUUUGUUUAUUAAAUCCAAAUUCUUGGUACGAAGGUGGUUUACCUGACUGCGGCGUCCAUUGCGCCACCUGUUUUUCAUAGACAUUUGUUUCAAGACUCGGGAUACAAGGAAACGAUAGUUAUAAGUGGUUUCCUGGGUGACAGGCAAGUGCAUAUUUAGGAAGGAGCAGAUAGUUUUAAUUGACUUUUACGCGAUACAAAACAAAACCCUCAGGUUGUUAACGUAACGAAAAAUAUUUGAAAUUGUGCACUUAAAAUACACAUUUUGACAGUAAUGGUGCAAGUAAAAUUGUGUGAUUUCUUUGCGAUUAUAGGAGAGUUCAUCAUAGUUAAAAACCCUAUACAAGGGGAGACAAUUUAUUUAAUGAUGCCUUCGCGAUGGCCUUUUAUGUGUCGCGUUACAGAAGGUGGAGACAGUGUUGUGUUCAGGGACAGUGUAUAUGAACUUAGUUGAUUUUACUGAGCAGUAACUUUAACUUUAUUGUUGUAUAAUUCUUUAUAUUUUAUAUAAAUGUGUUCAUGGGAGAAGAUUCUCCAUAUUUUUAUUUCUGUUGCCAUAGAAACAAAAAGUCAAAACAAUUGAUUUUAGAGUGCAGAACAAUUUUAUUUGUUUUUAUUAUUUUUUUUCAUGAACUAUUUUUUUUGUAAGUUUUUAUGACAACAAAUGGCGAUGUUGCCAGUAUCAUUGUUAUGUAUUAGAAGAUGUCAUUUUCUUCAAAACUUGCAUUGUUUAUCUUUGAAAUCCAGUUUUAUCAUAUUUGUUCCUAAGUGCUUACUGAUAUACAGUAUCUUUUAGUCCAUGUGUAAUGAUUGAAAGUUCAACCUUCGUAUGUAUUCAUAUAAGAUAAUGUAGUUGUUAGAAAGAAACUUUUUAUCUCAAAUUAUAUUAACAAAAUUUCAAAUAUUUUAUUUUUCACACAUGCUUUUGCUUCUAACUGUCUAACAAAAAGCUGUAAUUAAAAAUUCUUUUCUUGGCAUCAAUUUUAAGGCCAUUGCAUAUUAUAAUACUAUAUAAGAAAUGUUGAAAUAUGAUUAAGGAAAGAAAACCAACAAUGUACAAAUGAAAUAUUUGAUGGUGACUUUCACCUACCGCUGCUGUCCAUUAAUUGGCUUGCUCAAACCAAGCCUGCAAUAUAAUUUUAAUUCUUGUUGGAUGAACUUCAGGGUUUCUACAAUCAACUUUUGCAAUGUAAUAUAAUAUCAUAUAGCAAAAUAUCUCUGAACACAAUCUUCAGACUUUAUAUUUCAGACUGAAUUGAUGUGAUUACUGAAAUGCACUUUCCCUUUAUUCUAUAUUGUAAGGGAACUUUUUGUUUAACAAAGUAAUAUCAAAUAGGUUGUCAAACUGACAUUUUUAUUAUUUAUGUAUAAAUUUUUUAGUUGAAUUCCUAAGAUUUGUAAAGAUGCUGUUAAUGUUUAAUAUUUUACAAAUUUUAUGAGGCACUAAAUUCUGUCCUUAAUUUUAUGCUUUUAACAUAAUUUUGUAUAUAGAAGUUUGGAACUAGGAAAGCUGUUCAAUGUCAAUGAUUGUAUUCUAUUAAACAAAGAAAUGUUUGAAUUAUUGCAUAAAAUUAUUUAGUUUGACUUUAUAGUAUAGAAAUGUAAUAUUGCUUUUCUUGUGAUAAUUACAUUUCGAAAUACAUAGACUGAUAACAAUAUUUCAUUUAUUAUUUCGAUAAGUAAAGAAGAACCAGUCUGUCUUAAGAAAACCGUUGAUUGUCUGUUAAAAAGGUUUAUUCUCUCUGAGAAUAAAUAUGAAAUUGUUUUGUGUAUAAGAUAUGAAAGGAAUAGUGUAUUUUUGUGAUAAAAGUUUGUUUCGGGUCUUAGAUUUGUCAAUGUGUUAUCCCUUGUUAUAAAUAUUCAUUUUCAGAUAUUUAAAAUUGUCUUUGCCAAUAUAUUGUGUUCCAUUCAUUCACUGUCUUUAUACAAGAGGUAUAAUUUAACAACAGAUCAUAGUUUAUAAAAUGUUGAUAUUUUUUUUAAAUUUAAUACAAGUGCAUCAAACUGACUGGGAAAGAUUAAAAUGAGUACUAGCAUAUAGAUGAAAAACAUAUUUCUUUGUGCAGUGACAAUAUUUUUUAGCAUUUCACUAUGAUUAUUCAAUAGAAAUACUUCUCAUUUAUUGUCAAAAAAAAGACGAUAUAUUUUUGAAUUGUACAUCACCUUUUGUAUUCAUACACAUCAUGUAUUACAUGUUUCUGUGUUUUUCUAACACUGCCAAAUGCAUUAUAAUGUUAAAGCCAUGUGUUCAAUAAAUCUUCAAAAAGAAAUCUUUUUUUUAUUAAAUUACUCAAUGCUGUACAGAUACAUGUAUCAUUCAUUGUUUGCUCUUUUCAUCUCCCCACCCCUUGACCUAGUAAUCCAUUUUUUAGUCAAACUAGGCCGUUACGGAAGCAAAAAUAUAUGGUAAUGAAUGUUUACUUUAAAAUCUCCUGUUGACAGAUAAUCUAUGUGCCCUUGUAGUAUUUUACUUAUAAUUCCAUGGAGGAAAUGAUGUAGGCAAGUUUGCCUCUUUUUUUUGUUUAAUUGUUGAUAAUUGUUAAAACUGUUUUCUGUUUUAUUUACACUAUUUGUCAAGAGCAUUGACUGGUUAUUAAGUGUAGAACACUUUUAUAUUUUCUUCUGUUACAGCAUCCUAGCUUACCAGUUUAUACCUUAUCUUGAGGAAAUGAAGUAUUCAAAGAGUGCAAAAAAAUAACUAUUACUUACAAUUAUCUUUAUUUUUAUAACGAAAAUUAGUCAGCAAUUUGUUAUAUUUUUUUUCUUAAAAAUAAAUGAUAUAACAUACGUUUUAACACGAACUCGUGUAUUUCUCAUAAGGAUUGCGGAAAAAAAGAGGAUCAAAUUAUAGGGAAAAAAGUUUAUUAUUUAAAAAAAAAAAGAUUAUGAAAAAUAGAGAAUAUUUGCUGGCAAGAAAUAUAUUGUUCAGAUGGGGAAAAAAAUUAUUGUUUUUUUUUCAAAGAAAAAUAAAUGCUGGUAAAAUAGGCAUGUUACACUCGAAUUUCAGCAAGGCUGGAUAUUUGUAACAUUUUUGUUUUAUGAUUUAUGUGACCCGAGUGUUUGGUAUUUUCAUUGCCUCCCAUAUUUUUGGAACAAGGUAGGGUUUCAAUUUGUCAUUUGAAAUAUAAACAACAAAACUGGUUACACUUUAAUCAUGGUGGAGUCAUGCUGUUAAAUAAAGAUGUCUCUUUCUUUUUCCGUUUAUUUUUUUUUACAAUGUUAAAGUUUUAUACUUUCUACUUGAAAGUCUUUUCUUGUACAUGUACUUAAAUGCACAGGUUACUUGUUCAAUUUAAUAAGGUGUUAUCAUUAUGAUUUUAUAAUUUUGAUGAUUUUAUAAUUAAAAAAAGAGAGUAUUUUGAGAAAGAAAACAGUGACUUUUAUGAUUUUUCAGUGAUUUUAGCAUGAAUUCUAAUUAUGUAUAUAAAUUUUGUCAUGAUCUCAUUUUUAACUGUAAUUUAAUCCUGAAGUUUCAGGUGAGUUAAGUUACUUGAUUUUACUGAGAUAAGGUUUUCUUGUUAAAUUUUAUUGAUAUGUAUAAAAGAAAAAACUUUUAGCCUUGAAAUAAAUUUCAUUUUGAUUUUUUUAUUUCAUUUGUAAUAAAAAGAAACAGAACAGUUUUAAUUGUAUUAAAUAAAGACUGGAUGUCAAUUAAGUUUUAUUAUAAUUUCAUUUUAUUAGUUAAUUUUAUCAAAAUAUAUAAUGAAAACUGACUGAUUUACAAGUUUUAUCUUUCAUUUUGCUUUAAUUUGUGUAUUUUGUUAACAACUACAAAUAGUUCUUGCUGAAUAUAUUAGCACUGAAAAUGUUGAACAAAAAUUAUAGAAUGUAACCAAAACCUAGAGAAUUAGCUAACAUAUACAAGAAGAUGACAAAGUUAAGUUUACAAAACAUGUUGUUUUUGUAUCAUGAAUCAUAAAUUUUUCUGAAACCCUUAAAAAAAGUACAGAUAAAAUAGUUGUGAAUAGCAAAUUGUUCAAUAAAUGAUAUAUAGUGAAUACAAAUUGCAUGUAAUAAUGCAAAUUGGUAGGAAAAUAAAUUAAGAACAUAAAUAUUUUACUAUUAAUGGGACUUGAGUCAUACACCUUCUUUUUAUGUUGAGAAAUGUUUUUUAAAUUAGAAGGAAAAUAAAGAUGUUUUUCUCAUGAAACUCUUUUCGGAUAAUGUUGAUAAUGAUCUGAAUUGUGUGUGAUAUCCCGAUAAGAAAAUAAUUUGCAAAGGAAACAAUUUGUUUAGAAACAGAAACCAGGGCACAUUUAGUAAGAAAAUAUUUGUUAAUUUAAGAGAGAUUUUAACAUGUGUUUUGUGAACUUUGACCUGUCAUUUUAAUGUUUAUUAUUAUUAUCAUAGUAUCAUAGCAGUAGAACUACCAGGUUGUGUUCAAUUUCUGUCAGUUCUUUUUGUUAUUUCCUUUAUUACUUUCUUGUUUUAACCAUUUAAACAUUUUAUGAUAUGUUGUUUAUUUUUUGUUACCAGUUUUUAACCGAGGAACCUGUAGUUCUAAUAGACAGGUUUUUUUUUUUAAUCGACAAAUAAUUGACUUUGAGUACAGAUUUUCUACAAAGGCAUUAUAAUCCAAAAAUAUAUGAAAACUGUACAGACAAGUCAUAAUGUGCAUCUGUUAAGAUAGUGUAACAAACUUAGAAAGUUAAAGAAGAGAAAAAAAUGAUCCUACUCAAUACCAAAGUGUUCCAGUAACUUUAAAUCAAUGGGAAAUAAAAAUGACUGAAAGUUUACACAAGUAGUUACAUUAUUUUCAAGCAUAGCACUGCACCCACAAACAUAUAUGCACCAAAAUGUUUAUCACUACAGGUUGUUUCAAAAUACAUUAAAUGUUGCACCCUACAGUGUUCCAACAUUCAUACAUCAGACAGUUGUUUCUACUGUAAAUACACUGAAAUUUACUUUAAUCAAUUGUAAUUGUAAAACGUUAUUAACCGCACAUGGACUGACAUAAUGUUCAUGACAACCAUAAAUUGUGUUCAAUCUGCAAAACCAUAAUCUCACGGUGUCCGCAUUUACUCUAUGUAUGUGGUUCGCUAAUUUUUUUGGUCAGUAUUUUAACAUUUUUGUUCACCCCUAUACCUUAUCUUGACUGCUGUAUAGAUCUGCCUUUUACAAAUAAAACAAUCAAAUUUCCUCAUUUAGGCAUCCCAACACUAGUUUCAUAUUCCAUUCUAUAUUAUCAUCAUCACCACUAUAUCAGAAUCUCAGAGAAACUAACCAAACUUUAUAUGACAUCACUUGUUACAUCAGAAAUUUGUUACAGCAGAAAUUAUGUUAAUAUACAGAUAUUGUACUAUUUUGAAAAUAAAAAAAUGAGCGAAUUUAAAUAUUUUAAUAUAUUAUUAAAGAAAACUGAAAAACACAUAUAAUUAGGUUGGGGCAGAUAGGUAAUAGGGAUUUAUGGAAAUGAAGAACUAUUAUAAAAAUCAGUGGAAGAAUGCAAGUUUUCACCCCAAGCAAAGGAACAUAAUUUGAAAUAAUAUAUAUAAAUAUUUAUUAUUUUG